AUGGUUAGAUUUGUUGAAUCCGACUCGACGGGCUUGCCCCUGAAGAGGAAACAGGUCGCUCAGGCCUGUGCUAGAUGUCGGCGACGGAAGAAGAGAUGUUUUCAUAACCAUGACGAACAUCACGCCGCUGACGCGCUCAACCUGGCAUCCGGGGAUGGAGACGUGGCGGCGGCAGGUAGCCCAACCGACCUUCCAAGCCAUCCAAGCCAUCCAAGCCCUCCAAGUCCGCCAGAGGCCGAGCCACUUCCAGAACGGCCUACCUCUCAAAAUAAGCAGGGGCAGGCAUCUAGGUUCAUCGGUGACCUAAGCCCCGAAGUUGUCUUGAUGGAAGCCACAAGCCUCUGCUCUCACCGUGAUGUGUCGGUGAGAGGUGGCUUGGGAAUAUGGCAACCUCGAGCACCUGAUUCGACCAAAUCUGCCAGCCCCUUCAUUCUAACUUCUCCGUCGCGGCAGGCUGUCCAAGAUAUGCUCAAGGCAUAUGUAUGGAGCCAUUGCAUAGCUUGUUGUCCUCCGCCAUCAGAUUACGCCGUUCUCCGUCGAAUCUAUCUUGAGAAAUUGGAUCCGAUAUUUCCUAUACUCGGUAACCAUCUAACUCUUCCCCUCCAAGAUGAGAUAGAAGGAAAGGUACUUCAACAGAUCGUCAGUCUUGCAGCCGCUGCCGACCCAGAGGCUAGUCGCCACCUUCGCCUAAACGUUGAGGGUCCCCUCCUCUCGCGACAUGACUUCUGUGAUUCGUUGUCAAAUUCAAUCCAGACUAUUAUCGAUGCUGGACUCAUCACGGACCGAGUCUUCCUGGUUCGCAUACUAGCCGCUUUGUCACUGUAUAUGCAACCUAGUUCACCCGACGAAGCUGAUGUCCCCGCGCUCCUCAGUAGUCGUGCGGUUCACCAAAUACACACCUUGGGACUGCAGAUGGUCUCCGUAGAUAGUCAAACAAGUAACAAAACGAGGCGUUCCCUAUUUUGUUGUACCUGGGCGCUUGAUCGAAUCAAUAGCGCAUUUUACGGUCGGGCUUGUUUGAUUCAUGAACGGGAUAUCGGAUUGAACAUGGAUGCUUGCAUUGCGGAACAGGCGCCUCCCUUUCGCUUAUUCCUGAUGCUCAUCGGUUUACUCGAAAACGUCAUUGCUCUAUACCGCCCGGGUAAUCAACGCGAAGACGAAGUCAUUGUCGAGCUGCCCAUUUUCGAGCAGAUGAUACUGGAUGCAGGGGCAGCUCGAGUCUCAAGUUCAUGCUUAGCUUCGCUCGAAAUAUUCUACCACUCGAUUGCCAUACUGUCAAGUCAAUCCCCAUCCGAGAAUCGCUCGACAGCUCUACCAGCUCCAGCAACCAAUAGCCGUAGAUCCUUAGCAGCUGAUCGGAUCACGUCUAUCGUCGGACAUGAGUUUCUCGGGCAGCUUUCCUAUUUACCGAUAAUUCCGUACGGCGUUUCCCUAUCUCUCAGCGUCUCGUAUCGUAAGAUGCGUCACAGCAAUGUACCCAUGUUUCGAAACAGAGGUAAACAGGCUUUCAUGGCAAACACCUUUCUUUUGAAGUCUUUGGAUGAUACCUUCUGGACAGCAAAAGCUAUGGUGGCUAUGGCCGAGCAGGUUCUGCGGGAAAUGGAUAAAGCCGUGGCAUCGAUAACACAAGAAACUGGUCUAGGGGAUGCCUCCAAGAAGGCCGAGUCUACGUCGCGAGGAGAUCAGGAAAUCGCAUCGUCAGGCCCUGGAGAUUCUAUCAUCGAUUAUACCAUCCAAGGGAAUACUGAUAUAUCAAUUCUUGAAACCAUUCCGGAUCUAGACGUAUUUGGCCAUUUCGAUCCGACUUUCAACCUAGGUGCCGUAGACGCUAUUCUCGAAGGAAAUCUGGAUUUUGGGCCUUCUUCGAAUUUGUUUGAGUGGCAGCAACUAAGAGGGUAA